UAUAACGAAGUCACUGAUCUUCAGUCAUCCAAAUUUUAAAGUACUAUAGUAACUCCAUAACAAUCAAUGGCUUUAAGUCCCAUAUCAUUACUUGUCUUCAGACCUCUCAUCCUCUGCUUAUUAAUUAUUACAACCUCAGGGCCAAAACCAUCCGAAAGUAAGAGAAUAUUCACCAUAGUAAAUUACUGCAAGGAAGUAAUAUGGCCAGCAAUGACAAACAGUAACAACUUCACCGGUGGAGGAAUACCACCACUAAAACCAGGCCAAUCAACAGUCUACACCGCCCCGCCGCAAUGGAGCGGGCGAAUUUGGGCCCGAACAGGCUGCAAUUUCGACAAAGACGGCAACGGGAAAUGCCAAACAGGCAGCUGCGGAACCCUGCUGAACUGCACAGGCCCAAGUACACCACCAGCCUCAAUAGCCGAAUUUAAUCUAAACGAAACGAUGGAUUAUUACGACGUGAGCCUUGUGGAUGGCUUUAACUUGCCUAUAGUUGUUAAGCCCAGCAACGGCACUGGGAAUUGUAGCAGUGUCGGGUGCGAAGGCGAUUUGAGGCAGAGCUGCCCGGCGGAGCUUAGGGAUGAAGCCACGGGCAAAGUUGUUGCUUGCCGAAGCGCGUGUGACGUGUUCGAGAGGGACGAGUAUUGUUGCCGUGGAAUGUAUAGUAAUCCUGUGAGUUGUGUUGCUACGAAUUAUUCGAGGAUUUUUAAGGAGUUUUGUCCCAUGGCUUAUAGCUUUGCCUAUGAUGAUCCUACUAGUGUUGUUACUUGCUCUGGUGCCGAUUAUACUCUCACCUUUUGUGGAUCAAGGAACCAGACGUUCUGCUCAUAUCAUGAUAACAAGCUCGUUUGUAGUAGUGGAUCAAAGAAUCUUAAAGUACUUCUCUCUCAAAAUCAAAAAAUGUACUGGGGUUUUAUUUUGACAUUAUUAUCUUAUUUUAUUUUUGUAAAUGAUCAUUAUUUCCGACCCUAGCUAGCAAAAUUGACGUGUAUAGUUAAGUAAUCUGUCUUUUUUCUAAGUCUUUUCAUAAAGUAUAUUUCUAAUCGAUCAUUUUUUCAAGUUUCCUUAUAAAA